GAAGACCCCCGCUGUGCGCCGUGGGCGCUGACAGGGAGGCGCCGGCAUGGCGGGGAGCGCGGCCGACAGCGCCAACCACCUGCCCUUCUUCUUCGGCAACAUCACACGGGAGGAGGCGGAGGACUACCUGGUCCAGGGCGGCAUGAGCGACGGGCUGUACCUGCUGCGGCAGAGCCGGAACUACCUGGGCGGCUUCGCGCUGUCGGUGGCGCACGGCAGGAAGGCCCACCACUACACCAUCGAGCGCGAGAUGAACGGCACCUACGCCAUCGCGGGCGGCAGGACGCACGGCAGCCCGGCCGAGCUCUGCCACUACCACUCGCAGGAGUCCGACGGCCUGGUCUGCCUCCUCACCAAGCCCUUCCACCGGCCGCCCGGGGUGGAGCCCAAGACAGGCCCCUUCGAGGACCUGAAGGAGAGCCUCAUCCGCGAGUACGUGAAGCAGACCUGGAACCUGCAGGGCCAGGCUCUGGAGCAGGCCAUCAUCAGCCAGAAGCCGCAGCUGGAGAAGCUGAUCGCCACCACAGCCCACGAGAAGAUGCCUUGGUUCCACGGGAAGAUCUCAAGGGUUGAGUCUGAGCAGAUCGUCAUGAUAGGAUCCAAGACAAACGGAAAGUUUUUGAUCAGGGACAGGAACGACAACGGGUCAUACGCCCUGUGCGUGCUGCAUGAGGGGAAAGUUCUUCACUACCGGAUCGACAAGGACAAGACGGGCAAGCUCUCCAUCCCCGACGGGAAGAAGUUCGACACACUCUGGCAGCUGGUGGAGCAUUACUCUUACAAACCCGAUGGACUGCUGAGAGUUCUCACAGUUCCGUGCCAGAAGAUCGGCGGGCAGACAGGAAACAUCAACUUCGGAGCCCGCGCGCCCCUCCCGGGAGCCCAUCCUGCCACGUGGUCGGCGGGUGGAAUAAUUUCCAGAAUCAAAUCGUACUCCUUCCCCAAGCCCGGCCACAGAAAGGCCUCCUCGUCCGCAGGGAGCCGGCCCGAGAGCUCCGUGACCUUCAAUCCUUACGAGCCAGACCGGGGGCCCUGGGCCACGGACAGAGAUGCCCAGAGAGAAGCUAUGCCCAUGGACACCGAGGUGUACGAGAGCCCCUACGCGGACCCCGAGGAGAUCCGGCCCAAGGAGGUCUACCUGGACCGCAAGCUGCUGACCCUGGAGGACAGUGAGCUGGGCUCCGGCAACUUCGGGACCGUGAAGAAGGGCUACUACCAGAUGAAAAAAGUCGUGAAGACGGUGGCCGUGAAGAUUCUGAAGAACGAGGCUAACGAUCCCGCCCUUAAGGACGAGUUGUUGGCGGAAGCGAACGUCAUGCAGCAGCUGGAUAACCCGUACAUCGUGCGCAUGAUCGGGAUAUGCGAGGCCGAGUCCUGGAUGCUGGUCAUGGAGAUGGCCGAGCUCGGUCCGCUCAACAAAUACUUACAGCAGAACAGGCACGUCAAGGACAAGAACAUCAUAGAACUGGUUCACCAGGUUUCUAUGGGGAUGAAGUACUUGGAGGAGUGCAACUUUGUGCACAGGGAUCUGGCGGCAAGAAACGUACUGCUGGUGACGCAACAUUAUGCCAAGAUCAGUGAUUUCGGACUGUCCAAAGCACUCCGCGCUGACGAAAACUACUAUAAGGCCCAGACGCACGGGAAGUGGCCGGUGAAGUGGUACGCUCCCGAGUGCAUCAACUACUACAAGUUCUCCAGCAAGAGCGACGUCUGGAGCUUUGGUGUGUUGAUGUGGGAGGCGUUCUCCUACGGGCAGAAGCCCUACAGGGGCAUGAAAGGAAGUGAAGUUUCAGCUAUGCUGGAGAAAGGGGAGAGGAUGGGGUGCCCUGCGGGAUGUCCGAGGGAGAUGUACGAGCUGAUGAAGCUGUGCUGGACGUAUGAGGUGGAGAAGAGGCCUAGUUUCGAAAACGUGGAGCUGCGGCUGCGCAAUUAUUACUACGACGUGGUGAACUAAGGCCCCCGGCCCUCCGCGGCCUCCAGGGGACUGGGGGGCCGGGCCACGAAGCCCCCCCAGCGCCUGGAUCGGGACAGCGUCCGCCUCUCUCCGCCGUCGGGGGAGCCAGCUUCGCGCGGGCUGUGCUGCAACUGUCCCCCGCGCGCUGUCACCCCAGAGCCCGCCUGAGAA